GUAAAUCUCCGCGCCGGCCUGCGCGCUUGGCGAAGGACCUCCUUUCUCCUGGUGGUGCCGUCGCUUUCUGGAAGCUUCGCGCCUGCCAGGAACCGUUACUAGGAGCCGACGCCCUCGAAGGGGCUUGGCGGGGAGAAGAAUCCGUCGCCAUCCGAGGCUCCCGAGCGGCAGAGGGACGCAGCUAUGCCGGAGAACGUGAGCGCGAAGGGCGGGCUCCUGGGCAACGGGAACCGCAGCAUCGGCGGCCAGCGGGGCUCCUACCAGGACCGGGACAAGCCAUCGCAGAUCCGCUUCAGCAACAUCUCGGCGGGCAAAGCUGUUGCAGAUGCAGUUAGGACUAGCCUUGGACCGAAAGGCAUGGAUAAAAUGAUCCAAGACGCCAAAGGGGACGUGAUGAUCACAAACGACGGCGCCACAAUCCUGAAGCAGAUACAAGUUCUGCAUCCGGCGGCCAAAAUGCUGGUGGAGUUAUCCAAAGCGCAAGAUAUCGAAGCCGGAGAUGGCACCACUUCCGUCGUCGUCAUUGCAGGGGCCCUCUUGGACGCGUGUUCCAGGCUUCUUCAGAAAGGAAUCCACCCCACCAUCAUCUCCGAGUCCUUCCAGAAAGCGCUGGACAAAGGCGCUGAAGUCUUGACCGGCAUGGGGCAGCCUGUUGAACUGAGCGACAGGGAGACCCUGCUGAACAGCGCCACCACUGCGCUGAAUUCAAAGGUUGUCUCGCAGUAUUCGAGCCUGCUUUCUCCAAUGAGCGUGGACGCGGUGAUGAAGGUGAUCGAUCCGGCUACGGCCACCAGCGUGGAUCUCCGAGACAUUAAAAUAGUGAAGAAGCUCGGGGGGACGAUCGAUGACUGCGAAUUGGUCGAAGGGCUCGUCCUCACUCAGAAGUUAGCCAACACGGGCGUCACCCGUGUGGAAAAAGCCAAGAUAGGCCUCAUUCAGUUCUGCUUGUCUGCUCCAAAGACAGAUAUGGACAACCAGAUCGUCGUUUCCGACUACACUCAGAUGGACCGAGUCUUGCGCGAAGAGAGAGCCUACAUCCUGAAUCUGGUGAAGCAGAUCAAGAAGGCCGGCUGCAACGUGCUGCUCGUUCAGAAGUCCAUCCUCCGGGAUGCUCUCAGCGAUCUCGCUCUUCACUUUUUGAACAAAAUGAAGAUCAUGGUGGUUAAAGACAUAGAAAGAGAAGACAUUGAGUUCAUAUGCAAGACCAUCGGAACGAAGCCGGUGGCUCACAUCGAUCAAUUCACCGGCGACAUGCUCGGCUCCGCGGAACUGGCCGAAGAGGUCAGUUUGAACGGCUCCGGGAAGCUGGUGAAGGUGACCGGCUGUGCCAGCCCCGGCAAGACUGUGACCAUUGUGGUGCGUGGCUCCAACAAACUCGUGAUCGAAGAAGCAGAACGUUCGAUUCACGAUGCCUUGUGCGUCGUCCGUUGUCUGGUCAAAAAAAGAGCCCUGAUCGCAGGUGGUGGCGCGCCAGAGAUAGAGCUGGCCUUGCGCUUGAACGAGUAUUCCCGCACCCUGAGUGGCAUGGAGUCGUACUGCGUCCGGGCUUACGGGGAGGCCCUGGAAAUUAUUCCGUCCACCCUGGCGGAAAAUGCGGGCCUGAAUCCCAUCACUACUGUGACCGAGCUGAGAAACAGGCACGCGCAAGGCGAGAAAACUGCGGGCAUCAAUGUUAGAAAGGGAGGGAUUUCCAAUAUCCUGGAAGAGUUGGUGGUCCAGCCCUUGCUGGUCUCCGUCAGCGCUCUGACCCUAGCGACAGAGACAGUCCGCAGUAUUCUGAAGAUCGACGACGUGGUGAACACUCGAUAAGGUGAUGGAAGGAAAAAAGCAGCUCAGUACGAGAAUUCGGACCCUUUGGCUCUGUUGGACAUCUGCCCACGUUCAUGUACCUUUUUUGUCCAUUUAAAUUAAUAAAAAUCUCAAAAGUUAGAAAGGCAA